ACGUUUGGCCCCCUCUCGGCGGAGGAGCAGCAGUCGGGGCCGCUACAUCGAGCCGCUGCUCCGGGUCUCAUCUGAGGACUGCGAUCAUGGAGUAAACAUGGCCCACAACCGAAGCUUCUUCCUGGAAGCUCUGGACCGAUCGGAGGCCCGGAGAGACGGAGGGUUCAAGCACAACAACUGGAGCUUCUCUCUCUCUGGGGACGACGGAGAGGGGCGGAGUCAUGAUGUGAGCGUGGUGAGCGUGGAGGAGAUGGACCGGCAGCAGCCCCCCUCCCCCGAGGAGAAGAAGCCUUCGUCCCUGAGGCACUUCACCUCCUCCGAUCCUUUGAGGACGUAUGAGAACCGACCAAAUAACCACAGCAGGCCCAAAAGACUCAGCGAUGACCCGUUCUCGGUGGCGCCGUCCUCCCCCAUCCCCAACAGAACCAACUAUUUCAUCAUCAGCCCGGCGCCGGCGCAGGGACUCGUCCUCCAGGGGCGCCACUUCCAGCACGCACAGACGCCCUCCGGCCUCCGGAAGCCGGCCCAAAGCCUUGAUUUGAAGGAAAGAAAUGACUUCUCCACCACGCAGCAGGCGGUGGAGGUGGACGGCAUCGUGCUCACCUGCCCAGACAUCUCAGAAGACGAGGCCUCGCCCAACGUGAAGCGGCGCCUGCAGCAGAAGAGGAAGCCGCUGGAGGACGGCUGCUCCUUCCCCCUGCAGGCCAGAGCAGCCGAGGUGAGCGCGGGACUACAUUACCCAGAAAGCAACGGGACACGCUUCUCCUUCCCCUCGGCCUGA